AUGUCACCGACCAGCGCCGACGAGGACCCCAGCGGCGGGCCCUUGAGCCCGAGCAGCCAUGAAGACAAAAUCGUUCUAGUCACGGGCAUCAACGGCUACAUCGCGAGCCACAUCGGCCUUCAACUCCUCCAGAAGGGCUAUACCGUGCGAGGGACGUCUCGGUCCGCAUCCGCCAAAGAACACCUGUUGGCCGGAGUAUUCCAAGGCUUCGAGAGCCAAUACCAGCACUACGAAGUCAAAGACAUCACGGCCCCAAGCGCCUUCGACGAGGCCGUCAAGGGCGUCUAUGGAAUCAUCCACACCGCCUCGCCCGUCGACUUCACGCUCAAGACGGUCGACGAGUUCUUCGGGCCCGCGGUCGGCGGGAACCUGUCGAUCCUAGAAUCCGCCAAAUCCCACGCCGGACCACAGCUGAAGGCGUUCGUGGUCACCUCCUCCGUGGCCGCCAUUGUGGAUAAAUGGAAACAACCCCCCGACCACGCCUACUCCGAAGCAGACUGGAACACAACAGGCGAGAGCGUGGCGCGCGAGACCUUCUCCGCGCCCGUGGCGUACGGCGCGUCCAAGACGGCCGCGGAACGCGCAGUGUGGGAAUGGACGCAGCGAAACGAGCCGUCCUUUGCGGUGGCCGCGGUCAACCCUGCCGUCGUCACGGGUCCGCCGGUGUCGUGGCCCGCGACGCCCGACAAGCUCAACGAAACGCUCAUGCCGAUCUGGAAGAUCUGGAGCGGCGACAAGACCCUGCCGCCGCAGAUCGGUGGCGCUGGGUACAUCGACGUGCGCGACGUCGCGCGCAUGCACGUCUGGGCGCUGGAGCAUCCCGACCGGAGCAACGGUCAGCGCUAUAUGCUUGUCAAUGGCAAGGCUCCGCCUCAGGCCGCCGCGGAUCUGCUGCGUGACAAGUUCCCAGAUCGGGAUAUCGUCGUCGGGACUCCUGGCCAGGGGUAUGCCCCCGACUACUGGUUUCUAGAGGGCGAGCCCAGUCUGGUCGCUAGCAAGGCGUAUGAGGCGCUUGGGGUGCAGCGGUUCAUGAGCUACGAUCAGUCCAUUCUGGAUACAGUCGAGGCAUUUGAGAAGCAGUGGCCAGGUUACGCAAAGAACCUGAAGCAGAUAUAG